GAAGAUGUGGUCAACAAUUGUCUGCUCAUGUAUGUGGAUUGCCGUUAGUCAGGCAGCCACUUUACCGGAAGCCCUCCACUACGUCGGGGUCGGCUACAAUAUGUUGAAAGGAAAUCCCGACGGAGACUUUUGGGCGAGAGGCGGUGACGACCCAGGCCUCCUCAGCACCCGGAAAGUACUAUCGCUCUCCAGUGACACAGAUGUUCCAGCGGAAAUCGUCUACGAGCACCACGAUCAGUGUCGCCAGGCGCACGAAUUUGCUUUCUUCUACGACCAACAGUCCUACCAGAAUAAACUCCUGGAAAGAGUACAGUCUUCAGGAACAAACAAUGAUGCGCUGAAGACUGUUGCGUUUACACAAAGUGCUGGUUUCAAAGCCAUCCAGCAGCAGACCGGGCAAGACUCUUACGUGUUCCAGGAUGAUCAGACCACGUGCACAUCCGGCGCCGCGCGCUACAAGCUUGCGCUAUCACAGGCGAAUCAUUACGGUGUCACGGACGAGUUCGCCGCUGACGUCUGCUCACUUCCGCUCCAGUACAACCAACAAGUCUACUUUAACUUUCUAAACACGUGGGGCACGCAUGUUACGACCGCAGUGGAAACUGGCAGCAAGGUCAUUAAACGUUACGUUUCCCCGAAGAAAACGUUUGUUGAAUCCGUCAUGAAUAGCUCAUCUCGUGACGUCACAAAUGGUGGAGCUUGCCUGAACUACAACUCCUCCCUCGUUGUGGACUUAAACGCGUUCCGUUACCGCCAGCAGUACCGCAACGUUGUCGGCGUGCUGCAGGACACCCUCACCCUUGGCAGUGAGGCCAACCCGGAACCCAUUGGCUACACGCUAGUGGUGAUCAGCGACAUGCUUAACUCUUCCCAUUGGCUGGCAAUCGAUGACCUCAAGACUCGCGGCCUUUGCCCGCCCAGUUCCGAGGCCGCCUUGACAUACUGGAGCACAAACCUGGAGCGUGCCAUCACCGAGUUACCCGGUUACCUUGGCGCCGUUCCACCCAUCUCCACAACAUUGUGUAUCCCCGUGACCUGGCCCAAGGGCACGUAUUCACUCGCUCAGCCAAAGAGCGGGUGCCCGACCGGGGAAUUUACGUGGUACGAGGGCUGGAGGCUCCAGGACACCGAGACCCAGACCCCAGACAACGCCUGGUCCAUCAACAACAAUUUCGCAGGGAAACUUAUGGCCGGUGAGAUGCAGCUGGAGUACUGUACCAAGGGCGAGUCUGAGCCCACCGACUUUGACCGCAACUGGCCCGCUGGAGACUACUGCAUCUUUAAAUACGGAUCAUGUCCCGCUGACUUCGCUGAGGGUUUCGUGAAGUGGGACGAUGAAGACAGCAUGAACAGGAACGACUGGCAGGGUGUGCUUCCCGACGGCACCUAUGAUGAAGAUACACUCCAGAGGUUCUGCUGCAGGUCCGAUGGAAUGCCGACAGAAGCCAUCGUUUUGCCGACAGACACACCUUUCUACCUGUUCCAGUACAAGAGAGACGUCUGCCAGAAAGUUGUAAAUAUGAAUGUUGCCGAGCAAUUUAUAAGAUGGGACGACGAGGAUUUUAAGACACCGAGCGAUUCCGAGAUCGGCACCGUCCACCCAGGAAUGCAGUACUGGAACAAGGCUACAGGCGAAAGCGGCAGUGAAAUCUACUACUGCUACUACUCACCACAGAUAUAAGGCUUAGAAGUUUUCUCAUUUAGGAUAAACUUUUCUCAUUUUUGUCUGUGUAUACAUGGUUAUCGUUGUAAGGUUGGUAGACAUAAUAAACAUACCACCAAAACAA